ACCUCUAGAAGUUUCUUGACAUAUCUGGAGAAAAAAGCUAAAAUAGGUGAAGAUAAUGUGACAUUACUGGAGAAUCGCUGCCAACAUAUUGUGCCAAAGCUUAUGGAAAAGUUAGAUAAAUACAAAAGAGAGACCUCUAUCAUCCUCACGUCCCUCACGCUCACGUGA